UUGAGGUACGAUUACUCGGAGAAACGUUCGCUUCCGAUCACAAUUCCGAGUUAUCAGACAGUGAGUGCAAAUGGCGAGCAUUUCGUUGCUUAUAAUGUACAUAUGGCUGGACGUCAUCUUGGUUCACGACGUUACAGUGAAUUUGUGAAUCUGAAUAAUGCGUUGAAAAGGGAAUUCAUCGAUUUCGACUUCCCGAAACUCCCUUCGAAAUGGCCAUUUUCGCUAUCUGAACAACAAUUGGACUCGAGAAGACGUGGUCUCGAGUUGUAUUUGGAGAAAGUUUGCGCGAUUAAAGUUAUCGCUGACUCGGAUAUCAUCCAGGAAUUCCUAAUGGAGGACUCAUCGUCAGAAUGUGCAACAGCAGAUGUUCAUAUAAGAGUGCUGCUGCCAGAUGCGAAUUCAUUGGUCCUGAACAUAAAACGUCAAUCGAACGCAAAACAUCUUUAUGCGGUUCGUUUUCUGAUUUAG